GAAAUCUCGUUUCCCAUUCGUUUCUGGGAUGAAUUCAGUUUCAAACACGUCUCCAUUUUUCUGAAACGGUUUCGGCGCGUUCCGAAACGCGUUUCCCGGUUUCCCCGUUCCGGCGUUCCAGGACUUUUCGGAAACGGUUUAUUCUUCCACAGUCAGGGGCGGAGCUUCAGGCCACAAAAAUGCAGUUUCAGGAAGGCUUUUCAUUUUCACGCAAUUACGCAAACCCUCUUCUACAGUUCUGUCCGCCGCCGCCCAACUCCCAACUGCCGACUGCCGGAAGUGUUUUGUGAAGGAGUCAAUCAGUCCACCGCAAAGAAACGAGCAGCGGAGCAGGUCGUGGCCCUCGUCGAGUCGUCGCCGAUUGAAGGAACGUCCCUGCGCGGCUGCGCUAGUUGCUCGCCGUUGUGGAGGGUCGUCGGUCUCGACGUCUCGUCGUUAACUCCAUUGCAGAUUUAUGUGGCGACACUUUCUCUCUCCUCCCCCACAAACUCCACCUCCGCCGCAACCUCCGCCGCCAUCCCGAUGCAGCUGUGUUCAUUUCUCCAACCUGAAACACCAAAAACCCCAGAAAUUCCUCCAUCAACGAUGAGGUUAUGGCGGCCACAAGCUCAGAGAAAUCUGCGAAAUCAAUGGUCCAAAUUAUCUUCCUCCAGACAUCAAUGGCACCCUUCUUCUUCUUCCGGUCGAACCCAUGCCACCUCUCUAGUUAACUCUUAUCUCUCCCACAGAUAUAUGGAUGCCAUGGAUUUGGGUGUUUUGAGUGAUAUGCCCAAUAUUCGGAAAAAGGCUUGUUCUAAAUUGCUUAAGCAGAUGGAGCUUCAGCGCGACCGACUUUUAACUUCCUACAAGGCUAUGGUCGCUGUUGUUAUUGACAUGACGAAUUUGAGCAAAUCGAUGAGAUGCUUCUUGAAAACUACUAGUGGUAGCGCCAUUCAACAGUUUUCUAAAUUUUCAGAGAACAAUGAUGAUACUGGUGAUGGUGGAGGGGCUCCAGUUUUCACAUUUUUGUCCAUCUCUGCACAUGAGAUGUUGGCCGAGGAGCUUGUGGAAAUGUUCAAACAGGAGCUUGUUUUGAAGCAGCGUUUGCUUGUAGUUGAGCUGCUUGCCAGCAGUUGUCCAGAAAAAGAACAAUCCAAUCAACUGUGUUGGGAAGAUGAACUUUAUCACGGCGAAGCUGAUGACUUGAACAUGUGCAACUUGUACUCAAAAGAUACUGCUGAGGCAUUUCAUCCCAAAAUAAGUGGCUGGAAAUCGAAAACUUCAAAUGUGGAGUCUGAGAAAAACCCAAACCACGAUGUUUUGCAGGUCUAUCUCACAACAUGGCUUGCUGAGGUGAAUAUAGAUACAUUCAGGGUGGAAGAGAUUUUUGUCACUGUUGAAGAGGAGCUACGAACGAGCUUUUCAUGAGCUUCUCUAAUGCUGAGUCUGACAUCUACAUGAAACAGAGGUUAUGUUGGUAUAUAGUUCAUACGGUCAAUUUAAAGAUUUUGAAGGCUUGGGCUAAAUAUUUGAGAAUUGUGAUGGCUCCUUCUAAUUCUUUUCUUUUGAUUCGAAUUAUUAGUCUCCAUGUUUAUGUGUCAACUGAAUCAUUAAGGUUUGGUUAUCACCAUUGAUUACCGCCUAUUAGUUUACUGUAUGUAUUUCAAAAUGACGAUGUAAUUUUCAUAUUAUGACUUGAUAUUUUAGUCUGUAUAAUCGUUUCUUUGAA